UUUCUUGCUGCCCCCACUCCCUCUCUCUCUCUCUUUCGUGAAGAGUCCUUUCCGCGCUGCCAAUGAUCUUAAAAAACCCAAAUUCUAGUCCAAAGUGAUUCACCCAAAAAUGGGGAAAAAAGACUAACAGAUAGCUACAUAAUCUAUAAGUCUAUAAACCGAAAGUUCCUUUCUCAUAUGACUGAGGCUCCGUUUCGGAGCUUAUUUUAUAUUUUUAAAUUUAAAAAUAAUUAGUUUAUUCCAUAUUUUUAAAUUUAAAAAUAAUAUAAAUAAAAAAUAAUUUUUUUAUUUUUUUAUACCGUAUUAAAGAUUUUGAUGAAAUUUAUUAAAUAAAAUUCAUAUUAAUAGAAAAAUUAUUUGUAUAAAUAUAUUAUUUUUUAACUUAAAAUUAUUUUCUUUAAAAAUGAAUACUUAUUUUAAGUUUCGAAACAGAUUUGAAAAACAUUGGCACUAGAGUUGAAAAAGAUUAAAAUUAUAUACCCCUGGGAGAUCUCUAUUGAGAGAGAGAGAGAGAGAGAGAGAGAGAGUUCCAAUUGAGUUUUGGGAUUUGGGUUUUGGAAAUUUGGGGAGAUGUCAAGCGGUGGGUGUAGCAUAGUGUGGUUUAGGAGAGAUCUGAGGGUAGAAGAUAACCCAGCACUGGCAGCAGGGGUGAGAUCAGGGGCAGUGGUUGCUGUGUUCAUAUGGGCACCAGAAGAAGAAGGUCACUAUUACCCCGGUAGGGUAUCCAGGUGGUGGCUAAAGCACAGUUUGGCUCUACUUGAUUCCUCUUUGAGGAGCCUUGGUACCUCACUUAUCAACAAGAGAUCCACUGAUACUGUUUCUUCUCUCCUUGAUGUUGUCAAAUCUACUGGUGCAACUCAGCUCUUCUUCAACCACUUAUAUGAUCCCUUGUCUCUUGUUAGGGAUCACAGGGCAAAGGAAGUUUUAACUGCACAAGGAAUACGAGUGCAUUCUUUCAACGCAGAUUUGCUCUACGAACCUUGGGAAGUCAAUGAUGACCAUGGUCACCCAUUCACAGCUUUUUCAGCUUUCUGGGAGAGAUGCCUUAGUAUGCCUUAUGAUCCUGAGUCUCCACUGCUCCCGCCUAUGAGGAUAACCUCAGGUGAUGUGUCCAGAUGCUCUUCAGACAAACUUGUAUUUGAGGAUGAAUCGGAGAAAGGAAGCAAUGCACUUCUUGCUCGAGCAUGGUCACCUGGGUGGAGCAAUGCUGACAAGGCUCUAACUACCUUCCUUAAUGGACCCUUACUUGAGUACUCAAAGAACCGUAGAAAGGCCGAUAGUGCUGCAACCUCAUUUCUAUCUCCGCAUUUACAUUUCGGAGAAGUAAGUGUGCGAAAAAUUUUCCAUCUUGUCCGCAUUAAGCAAGUCCUAUGGGCAAACGAAGCAAACAAAGCCGGGGAGGAGAGUGUCAAUUUGUUUCUCAAGUCCAUUGGUCUGAGGGAAUAUUCAAGAUACAUGAAUUUUAAUCACCCUUACAGCCACGAAAGGCCUCUUCUUGGCCACCUUAAGUUUUUCCCUUGGGUGGUGGAUGAAGGAUAUUUUAAGGUGUGGAGACAAGGCAGAACUGGUUAUCCAUUAGUGGAUGCUGGGAUGAGAGAGCUGUGGGCCACUGGGUGGCUACACGAUCGUAUACGGGUUGUGGUGUCUAGUUUCUUUGUGAAAGUUCUACAGCUUCCAUGGAGAUGGGGGAUGAAAUAUUUCUGGGAUACUUUAUUGGAUGCAGAUUUGGAGAGUGAUGCUCUGGGUUGGCAGUACAUAUCUGGCACUCUCCCCGAUGGUCGUGAGGUUGAUCGAAUAGAUAAUCCACAGUUUGAGGGUUACAAAUUUGACCCAAACGGAGAGUACGUACGGCGUUGGCUACCUGAACUUGCUAGACUUCCCACAGAAUGGAUACACCACCCAUGGAACGCACCAGAAUCCGUACUCCAAGCCGCCGGAAUCGAGUUAGGUUCUAACUACCCUCGUCCAAUAGUAGAAAUAGAUGCAGCGAAAGCGCGGUUGGAAGAAGCACUUUCUGAGAUGUGGCAACUGGAAGCAGCUUCUAGAGCUGCACUUGAGAAUGGAUCUGAUGAAGGGCUUGGAGACUCUGAGUCAAUCCCAAUUGCAUUUCCAGAUGACUUACAAAUGGACAUUGAUUAUGAACCUGAGAGGAACAAUGCUAACACAGUUAGGCAUUAUGAGGAUCAGAUGGUCCCAAGCAUGGCUUCUUCAGUUUUUAGGGUUGAAGAUGAAGAAGCGUCUUUGGAUCUCCAAAAUUCUGCAGCGGAUAGUAGGGCAGAAGUUCCGAUAAACCUUACUGUAAAUCAAGAACUGAGAAGAGAAGCGGUGAACCAAGGGAAUAUGCAAAUGGGGCGGAUUAAUGGGACUCUGCCACAAUUUAACGUUUCAACAGGGAUGCGAAAUGGUGAGGAUUCAACAGCAGAAUCUUCGAGUAGUAGUAGUGGGAGAGGCAUAGUACCCGUAUGGUCUCCCUCAGCUUCUACUUACUCGGAGCAGUUUGUGGGUGAAGAAAGUGGUAUUGGAACUAGUUCUUCGUACUUGCAGAGGCAGCAACAGUCUCACCAAUUGAUGAACUGGAGACGGCUUUCUCAAACUGGGUAACCACACAAUGACUCUUGAAGCGCAGUAAGUUGGGUUUGGAAUCACAAUUCUUAACGUUUUUGGACUUGUUGCAAUCAGUAGUUUGUCUUGGUUUUUUCUUCUAAAAUUUAGUUUAAAAGGAUUUUAUCUUACCAAAACAUCACUUACUAGGUUACUUAGUGGGUGGUUAUUGCGACUUAGUUUGUGGUUGAAGUUUUUUUUUUGUAACGGAGAUUAUGGUUGAAGUUGAUUUUGCUACAAGUGUAAGCCAAAAGCUUCUAAAUGGAGCUUUUGCAUUGCCUGGCUUUUCCAACUUAUUUAAUCUGUUUCUCUUUUGCUCUAUAUACUGAAGUAGAACUUGCAGCCACAAGCUAGCACAAAUUUCUGAAAGGGGAAAAAAAUUGCUAAAGCUGACCUUAAGUUGCAUCAAACACACCCCCCACCCCCCACCCCCCCCCCCCCCCCCCCCCCCCCCCCCCCCCCUAUGUAUUGGAAAUUUGGAACUUGCACAUUUUUAAUUUAAAGAAGAAAACAGUACUUACUAUGUCCCAUGUUGCUUGGCUCCAGAAUGAUUGUCCUGUUUGAAAAGUGAAAGGAAAAAGUCGAUUUCCUACAAACUAACACUCAUACAUAAGUAAAUGAUUAAAAGUAGUUUUAAAAAUAGACAAAUAAUGGAUACUUUUGGAAAGUUCCUUAAACUUUCUACGGAGGCAUGCUCCUUUAAAAGUUGAGUUUAGCGUACAUGACAAGCAAUAUGGGACGAAGGGAAUGAUAACAUUCGAAAACUAGGAAAAAACAAAUAUUAAUGUUCCUCGCCAGAUAUUUAUUAUUUAACAGUAUUAGUAUGGCUGUGUAUAAAUACCUCAAGGAGUUCUACAUUUAUCUUUGCUAACCAUUGACUGCUUCCAGAUUGGACAACGAAGUUGGGAGGUGGAUAAUACAAUGUAGCUUAAUCCUUUGCCAAUUGUGAUGACACUCCUCCAUCAGUGUGACCAGACCAACAGUUGGUUUCCAUGAAUAUGAAAUUUUGAAUAUGUUCUGGCUCGUCCCUGUCGUAUUUCUGUGUCCUGAUGUACCAUAUCUGUAGCUCUGCUGUAUAGUGAAUGUUGUUUUCUUUAGGGAAGAAAGGAGCAUACUUAGAGAUAUGCAAUCCUCUAAUAAACCCAGGUUUGUGCUUUUUGUAUUUAGUAGACAAUAAUAUAGCUGCAAUCAUGUUUAGAUAGUGUCGCAUUUUUCGUUCAUUUUCCCUUCAGCGCUUGAUACAUAGCUUUAAUGUAGUCUGUUUGCGUUGUACUGUACCGUUUAAGGACCUGCAGUUAAACUAAAAACCUUAAAGUCUUUGUUUCAA